AUGUGCAAAACCAAAAUCCAUCAGUUCCUUCAGGAUCUGCCCAAAUGCGAACAUCACGUCCACCUCGAAGGGUGUCUCACCCCUGAGCUGAUGUUCACUCUGGCCGCGCGCAACGGGGUGAGUUUGCCAGACACAGAGAAACGGCCGGAAUUCAGCUCGCCGGCGACUCUUUACGAAAGAUAUGAGCAUUUCACCUCUCUAGACGAUUUUCUCAGCUACUACUUUAUCGGCAUGUCUGUGCUCCAGCAGCAGGGUGACUUUGAGGCCCUGGCAUGGGAAUACUUCCAAAAGGCCCAUGCCGACGGCGUCCACCACGCUGAGGUCUUCUUUGACCCCCAAGAGCAUUUGAAUCGGGGUGUAGCCUUUGACACGGUCGUAUCCGGAUUCGUUGCAGGCUGUCGACGCGCGGAACAGGAGUAUGGAAUGACCACGAAGCUCAUUAUGUGCUUUGUGAAGCACUUGCCUGCCAGCGACGCACAGAAAGUAUUCGAUUUGGCUGUUGAAGCGGGCCAUUUUGAGUCCGGUGCACUGCACGGUAUUGGAGCCUCGUCCUCUGAAGUUGGUCCUCCCAAGGACAUGUUCAAGGAGAUCUACGCCACUGCAUACUCCAAGGGGAUCAGGAGGACGGCCCAUGCGGGCGAAGAAGGAGAUCCUUCCUACAUCAGAGCUGCCUUGGAGGCCUACAAGUCCCAGCGCAUCGACCACGGAAUCAGGCUAAUUGACAGCCCCAGUUUAUUGCAGCAGGUGGCCAAGGACGAGAUCCUGCUUACCGUCUGCCCGGUGUCGAACGUCAAGCUGCGCUGUUUCGACCAUAUAAGUAAAGUGCCCAUCCGGACGUUUUUGGAUGCCGGUGUCAGAUUCUCCAUCAAUAGUGAUGAUCCGGCGUAUUUCGGAGGCUUUAUUCUGCAUAAUUAUUGCAGUGUUCAAGAGGCGUUUGACUUGAGUAUCGCCGAGUGGAGGACGAUUGCAGAGAAUAGUAUUAAUGGCAGUUGGGUUGAGCAGGAGCGAAAAUCGGAGCUCUUGAAUUUAAUUGAUGACCAUGUCCGGGCUUAUCAGGAGUGA